AUGGACGUCUCGGAAACCUCCUCCACAACAGUAGGCUACCUGUGCCGCCUCGGUACCACACUCGCAGACCUCUUCAUCCCCACUCCUCUCCGCCAAAACCCACAAUCCCUCAGCAACAAGAUGAGUCAGUUUCCGAUGACGUAUCGCUAUAUUGCCCUCUGCGGCGCCAUCGUACUCGGGCUUGCAGAGUGGGAGCAGCCUGGUUUUCUGCCGAAUACGGACGAAUUGACUACAGCACUUGUGGCAUUCCUCUGUGCUGGGCUCGUCAUAUUCGUGAUGAUCGCUCUCAUGGACUUUGCGGACACCUACACGUGGCCGUGGGACGAAGAUGGUUGGGUGUGGCCGUGGGAGGCGCUGCUAUGGGGACGAACCGUGUACGCAGAUGAGCUCCGAGAAAGCGUAGCUUUGAACGUGCCUCCUCUGCCACGCGCGGACCGUGGAGAAGGUAACGACAGCGGGGUCUUCUCUCAAGCUUAUCAGCAGCCCUUCAUUAUCCCGCCAACGCCUCAUCUUCCCAGUGGCCUACGUCCCGUUUAUCUACCGCCACCGGAACACAAGUCUGGUCUUCUUGGAGAAUCGCCUAUGACGCGGAAGGCUUAG